AUGCGAGCAUCGAUGACCUAUGCCUUUGGUAAGCUCCACGGUCUCGGAAACAUGCAUGUGCAUGAGUCCGAUGCUGGAGAUGGCAACCAUGGGUCAUCUUUCAUGUGUUCACUGCGGAGGCGCAAGAUCCAAGCCAGCGAGGUUGCCAACAGCGCUCGUGCUAUAACAUCGGUGAAACCUUCAAACGUUUGCAGGAAAAUAUUGUUUAAACUUCACAAUCACAACCACCUUCCUCGGAACUGGACUAUCCAGGCAUAUCAACCUGGCUCGGGAACUACUGGUACCAAAAACUUAGACCACUGGGGCGGUGGACGUGUCCGAAGACUUCUGCCGGCUGCAUAUACGGUGGUUCUCAAAAUACAGGUUCAUGAUCUUCAUGUGGAGCAAGAUCGGGUUGUGCUAUACCUUCCCUUCCGGAAGACCCACCAAAAUGGAGAUAUCAAGCCCUUUCACCUCUGGGUCCUCCCGUCGGACGAAGCUCAUAUCUGUCCUGCACUGGCAUCUGGCGACCGCAUAGCAGAGGCAAACAGCCCUAUGUCUUUGGAACAGUUCUUGGAGCUCUUCCGGAACAAUCUCCUUGACAUAGGUAUCGACCCUGCCCCCUAUGGCACGCACUCGUUUCGUCGGGGAGGCUGUCAAUAUCUGCAUGUAGAGAGGCGCUGGCACCUGAGACGGAUUUGUGAGUGGGGUGGGUGGAGCACUGAAUUCACGAACAUGACAAUAGUAAAGUACCUUAUCUCUUCAAAUGACGACCCUGCCGAGCCAAGAGAGCACUUUUUCAACCCCAACCAGCAGCCAACUAUCAAGUGCCGGCAGUGUGGGCAGUGCUGUUCAUCCGCUUAA